GAUCUAGAGAGGGGUGGUUCACAGUGUGGUUUUAUCUCUGCGCAUUACAUCGGCGGUGCGCAUCGCCGCCGCAGCAGCGAUAUCGUUGUGCGCGAAAAAAGCUCUCUCUUUUUAGGCAUUUCGUCGAACGCUUCUUGGGCAUCAUGAGCAGGGCCAGAGAUGCCGGUGGCGGCUUCAGCCAUGGAGUCGUCCGGUUUUGGAAGCGCGAGGUCGGAGACAUCUCGCCUAGGGCUUUUGCGAGAUUCGCUGCGGCUUCUGAGGAUCUUGUUUUGCGUCUCGGUAUACAUAGGAAACUAGACAAGCAUCGGGGCUGUGUGAACACUGUAAGCUUCAAUGCAGAUGGGGACAUUAUUGUAUCUGGCUCUGAUGAUAGGAUGAUAAUCUUGUGGAAUUGGGAUGCUGGCCUUGUUAAGCUAUCAUUCCACUCAGGUCACACAGACAACGUCUUUCAGGCAAAAUUCAUGCCUUACACAGAUGAUCGGACCCUCGUUACUUGUGCUGCAGAUGGGGAGGUGAGACAUGUCCAAAUCCUAGAACGUGGGAAGGUAGUUACUAAAAUGCUAGCUCAACAUGAAGGCCGGGUCCAUAAGAUGGCUAUUGAGCCGGGAAGCCCACAUAUAUUUUAUAGCUGUGGUGAAGAUGGUUUGGUUCAGCAUUUUGAUCUCAGGACACAAUCUGCAACAAAGCUCUUUGUAUGCAAAUCCUUUAUUGAUGAAGAUGAUGACAUAUCAAUUGUUCAGUUAAAUGCAAUUGCAAUAGAUCCAAGGAACCCUAAUCUCUUUGCUGUAGCUGGUUCAGAUGAAUAUGUUCAGCUGUAUGAUAUUCGCAAGUACAAGUGGGGAGGAUCAAGUGACUUUGGAGAGCCAGUUGAUUGGUUCUGUCCACAUCAUUUAAUUGGUGAUGGACAAGUAGGAGUCACAGGCUUGGCUUUCUCAGAACAAAGUGAGCUGUUAGCUUCAUAUAAUGACGAGCUGAUUUAUCUCUUUACAAGGGAUCAGGGACUCAAAUCGAAUCCUGUGCAUAAAUCCCUAAAAUCUGCGAAGGAUAUGAAUAAUGGAGAAGAUGCAUUGCCAUCAGCUGCAAAUCAGAAUACCAAUACUCCUCAGGCUUAUGAGGGGCACAGGAACCGUGAGACUGUGAAGGGUGUAAGUUUCUAUGGUCCAAGCAGUGAAUAUGUUGCUAGUGGAUCAGAUUGUGGGCGCUUGUUUAUAUGGAGGAAGAAAGAUGGGGAGUUACUGCGUGUAAUGGAAGGGGACAGGUAUGUGGUCAACUGUAUUGAGCCACACCCUUAUUCUCCAGUCAUUGCCAGUAGUGGCAUCGAGAAUGAUGUGAAGAUAUGGACUCCUAAUGCGACGGAAUGUGCACCACCUGUAAACAUGGAAGAGUUGAAGAAGCGCAAGAGAAGAAGCCGUUUCCGUGCUUUCUCAGUUCCUGAGGACAUGAUAGCUUAUAUCCUGGCACUACAGAGACGCCGCUCUGUCUCUUCAGACAAUAAUUCCGAAGACCAUUCAGUGGAUCCUGCUUCGGUUAACAUCAUGAUGAAUUAUACUGAUGGUGAUGUCUCAUUAAAUGAUGCCAGCGAAUCAUCCGAGAAUUCUGGAGAUUGUAUAGUCAACUGAGUUCAAUCUGUUUCCUGGUCAAUAGAACUUGUAUAUAUACUCCUCUUAUCUCUGUAAAAUCUAGAAUACCUUGUUGUUUCCAGAUAAAAACUAUUUCUAUUAUAUUCCAUGGGGACAAAAUAAUGAUGCAUAGCUAUUGAAAUUUUGUUGUUUGUCUGA